AUGGCUCCUAAGCAAAUUCUGGUCGUCGGUGCCACUGGCCAACAGGGGCUUGCCACAAUUGCUGCUCUCAACAAACUCUCCUCACUAUCUCAUGUUCCUAAAGUCCUUGCCCUUACGCGCUCGGUCGCUUCACCCAAGGCUCAAGCUUUACUUGCAAAAUUCCCAGACAUAACGCUCGUGGAAGGGGACAGUCGUGAUCCACAACCUUUACUCGAGGAGUAUCCAAACAUCGAUUCGAUAUUUCUGGUAACUGUCCCACCAAAUGAUGAGCAACAGUCCCUAGGCCUCAUCGACGCAGCGGUCGCGCAUGGUGUAUCACACAUCGUAUUCUCGAGCGUGGAUCGUGGAGGCGAGAGUAUCAGCUGGGAUAAUCCGACCAGCGUACCGCACUUCGCUGCUAAACACCGUAUCGAAUUGCAUCUACGCACCAAGUCUGAAAACACCAAGACUUGUUGGACUAUAUUGAGGCCCACCAGCUUCAUGGAUAGUUACAACCCGGGAGUGUUUGGCAAGAUGAUGGGUACGUUGCUGACGACAAUGCCAGAAGACUGCAAGAUGCAGUUUGUCAGCACGCAUGACAUUGGCAUCUUCGCUGCAAAGGCUUUGAUGCACCGAGACACCUGGGCAGGCCGAGCAAUUAGUCUUGCGGGCGAUGAAUUAACAUUUCAGGACGCCGAUGCCGUGUUUCGACGAGUGACGGGGCAACCACUGCCCAGAACAUGGUCCCUCGUUGGUCAGGCGAUGCGGCGAUUUAUCGAGGAUGCAAGAUCUAGCAUGGAGUUCUUCGAGAGGCAAGGCUUUGGUGCGGAUAUUAUCUCGCUACGAGAAGAGGAGCCAGAGCUGCAAACAUUCGAGAUGUGGUUGAAGCAGAGUAGUCAAUGGCAGCCAGCAAUUGGGGCAGUGCGGCCCGUGACAUAG